UUCUUUCUUCAAGGUAGCCUUAGAGUCUAGGGGUUAAAAUACUGUUUUAAUGGUGAAGAUAAAAGCCAGUCGUAAAAGAGAUUCAGGGCGGAGGGAAACCCCACCACCACGUGUGGUACCAUUUCCCAGAGAAGCCAAAUGGACGAGAAGCCUUCUGCCAGGAAAGGUCCAGAUUUCUGUUCAUUGCGCUAUGGACUGGCUUUCAUCAUGCACUUCUCAAACUUCACCAUGAUAACGCAGCGUGUGAGUCUGAGCAUUGCAAUCAUUGCUAUGGUGAAUAGCACUCAGCACCAUGGUCUAUCCAAUGCCUCCAUAGAAGGACCUCUUGUAGACACCCUCAAUAACCCCAGCAGAUCCAUUAAUAAAUUUAAUACAGGGGCCUCUGUAUAUGAAUGGAGCCCAGAGACUCAGGGUAUCAUCUUUAGCUCCAUCAGCUAUGGGAUAAUACUGACUCUGAUCCCAAGUGGAUAUUUAGCAGGGAUUUUUGGAGCAAAACAGAUUCUUGGUGCUGGUUUGCUGAUCUCCUCCCUUCUCACCCUCUUUACACCGUUGGCUGCUGACUUCGGAGUGAUUUUGGUUAUUGUGAUUCGGACAGUCCAGGGCAUGGCUCAGGGAAUGGCAUGGACAGGUCAGUUUACAAUUUGGGCAAAAUGGGCUCCCCCACUUGAACGAAGCAAGCUCACCAGCAUUGCGGGGUCAGGGGCAGCAUUUGGGUCCUUCAUCAUCCUCUGUGUGGGGGGACUAAUCUCACAGGCCUUAGGCUGGCCUUUUAUCUUCUACAUCUUUGGUAGCAUUGGCUGUGUCUGCUGUCUCCUGUGGUUCACGGUGAUUUAUGAUGACCCCAUGCAUCACCCAUGCAUAAGUGCCCGGGAAAAGGAAUACAUUGUGUCCUCGCUGGCUCAACAGUCCAGUUCUCCUAGACGAUCUGUCCCCAUAAAGGCUAUGGUCAGAUGCCUACCACUUUGGGCCAUUUUCACGGGGUUUUUCAGCCAUUUCUGGUUAUGCACCAUAAUCAUAACAUACCUACCGACGUACAUCAGUUCUGUGCUCCAUGUUAACAUCAGAGAUAGUGGGGUUCUGUCCUCCCUGCCUUUUAUUGCUGCCUCAAGUUGUACGAUUCUAGGAGGUCAGUUGGCAGAUUUCCUUCUGUCUAGGAAUCUUCUCAGAUUAAUCAACGUACGAAAACUCUUUUCAUCCCUAGGGCUCCUCCUUCCUUCGCUAUGUGCUGUGGCCCUGCCCUUUGUGACUUCCAGUUACAUCACAACUGUUAUUUUGCUCAUACUUAUUCCUGGGACCAGCAACCUGUGUGACUCAGGGUUCAUCAUCAACACCUUAGAUGUUGCCCCCAGAUAUGCAAGUUUCCUCAUGGGAAUCUCAAGGGGAUUCGGGCUCAUCGCAGGAAUUAUCUCCUCCACUACCACUGGAUUCCUUAUCAGUCAGGUUGGGCCAGUUUAUUGAACAUCUGCAAGUAGCAGGAUUCUGUGUCUGGUUGGAGGAAUGUCUUUUUCCUGUCUGCUGCUGUCAACAUGUUCGGCCUGGUUUUUUACCUCAAGUUUGGACAAGCAGAAAUCCAGGACUGGGCCAAAGAGAGGACUGUCACCCGUCUCUGAGGAUACAGAGUUGCAAACUUAAAUGUAGUACUGACCAUAAACUUUUCAACAUUGUUUAUUUAUCGUCGUUCUUUUUUCAUAUUCUUCACCAUGGACUCAGCAGUUCUCAACUCUGUUGUGUGUUAGAUUUCCCUGGGGAAUCUCUAAAAUAUGAUGUUGAAUGGGCCCUACUCCAGAGGUUCUACAUGAAUUGGUCUAGAGUAGAUCCUAGAAACCACUAAUUUUUAGACACUCCCCAGAGUUUCUAAUAUGCAACCAGGGUUGACAACUGCUGCACAAACUUGAAACGUCAAUUUCUGUUGCCUUUGAACUUUCCUCUUUGGAAAGUACUGGACAAAUAAAAAUCUAUGCGAAAAUAAUCAGUGAUAAGUACCUUCAUGGGGGUGAUUAUGGACACAGAGAAGAUCUGCUGGGAACUGUAGCUAUAUGUUAUAGAGCUCAGCAGAGAAUAGAAUUUUAAAGCUGUAAUUACAGAAUUAAUAUUUUUAUUGUUUUUAUAUAUUGUUAAACAUGGAUAUUUAUUUAUGUGGUUAAAUUCUAUUAAAAUUCACAU